AAGUGUCAGUGUCAAAAAAUUAAAAAAUGUUUUAUUUAAAUUAUACGUUAGAGGCUCAAUAUUUAUACCAUUAAAAUUAGUCGAAAAGUUUUUAUUUAAUUUAUAGUAUGAUUUCCGUUAGAGAAGACACAUUUGGUUUUUAUAAAAAUGGCGGCGGCAAACAUUACAACAAGAAUAAGUUUGGCAUUAGUUCAUCCAAUACCGUCUAGAGCAGUACAAGAUGAAUUAGUUCGGGAUAUAGACGGACGAAUCGUCCUGUCACCGGAUGUGGUCGCUUCGUCAGGGUGUAUGAUAGUGGUGUCCAAUCGGCUGCCGUUCGUACUACAGCGUGAUAAGGAUGGAGCACUUUUUAGGAAAGCCAGUGCUGGUGGUCUGGUUACGGCGGUAGCUCCUGUGGUAAUAAAUGGAGGGGGACUAUGGGUAGGAUGGCCAGGUAUACAUUUAGAUGAUCCAAAUGAACCCAUUCCAGAGUCUGAUCCUAAUGAUAUUACUCCCACAGCUGGAUUAAAAUCAGAAAAGGUAGUUGCUGUGCAUAUUGAUCCCACAAUUUUCGACGCCUAUUAUAAUGGAUGCUGCAAUGCUACUUUUUGGCCUCUAUUCCACUCCAUGCCAGAUAGAGCGUCGUUUAAAGCUGAAUAUUGGAGAGCCUAUUUGAGAGCCAAUGAAGCUUUUGCGGAAUGUACAUUGAAGGCGUUGAAAACCUUGCCUAAAACAUCGACUGAGGUACCAUUGAUCUGGGUACACGACUACCAUCUCAUGUUGGCAGCUAACUGGAUUAGACAGGCAGCAGAUGAACAAGAAAUUAAAGUGAAAUUGGGAUUCUUCUUACACAUUCCUUUCCCUCCCUGGGAUAUCUACAGACUAUUCCCAUGGGCAGACGAAAUACUUCAAGGUAUGCUCGGCUGUGAUCUGGUAGGGUUCCAUAUAACUGACUAUUGUAUAAAUUUCGUUGACUGUUGCCAAAGAAGCUUGGGAUGUCGAGUUGACAGAAAGAACCUGUUGGUUGAACAUGGUGGCAGAACUGUUCGGGUAAGGCCUCUACCUAUCGGCAUUCCCUUCGAAAGGUUCGUUGAAUUAGCUGAAAAGGCACCAAGAGUGAUCUCAACCAACCAAAAAAUUAUACUCGGAGUAGAUAGGUUAGAUUAUACGAAGGGACUGGUACAUAGACUGAAAUCUUUUGAAAAAUUGUUGGAAAAUCAUCCCGAACAUAAAGAGAAAGUAUCAUUACUUCAAAUUUCAGUACCCUCACGAACAGACGUAAAAGAAUACCAAGAUCUUAAAGAAGAGAUGGACCAGCUUGUAGGAAGAAUCAACGGAAGGUUUACGACACCUAACUGGUCACCCAUUAGGUAUAUUUACGGCUGUGUAAGCCAAGACGAACUGGCAGCUUUUUACAGGGAUGCAGCUGUAGGAUUAGUAACACCUUUAAGGGACGGAAUGAAUCUCGUAGCCAAAGAAUUCGUAGCCUGUCAAAUAAACAUACCACCUGGAGUACUCAUUGUAUCUCCGUUUGCUGGUGCUGGUGAGACGAUGCACGAAGCCCUGAUCUCGAAUCCAUAUGAAAUAGACGAAGCUUCAGAAGUCAUUCACAGAGCUCUAACCAUGCCAGAGGAUGAAAGAAUAUUACGUAUGAAUUAUUUGCGACGAAGGGAGAAAUUGAAUGAUGUUAAUUAUUGGACAAAGUCAUUCCUCUCGGCGAUGGGUUCGCUUUUGACACAAGAGGACCAUGACGAUAUUGGUUCUACAAAUAUGCCAGCCGUUACUUUAGACGACUUUGACGAAUAUUUGUCAAAAUACAUUGGAAACACGCAUAAAUUGGCAUUACUCCUCGAUUACGAUGGUACACUGGCUCCUAUAGCACCACAUCCUGACCUCGCUAUUAUUCCCGCGGAAACUAAAAAUGUUUUGCAAAGAUUAUCCAAUAUGUCAGACUGCUACAUCGCCAUUGUCAGUGGAAGGAAUGUUAACAACGUUAGAGAUAUGGUUGGAAUCGAUGGUAUUACUUACGCAGGAAAUCACGGUUUGGAGAUUUUACAUCCAGAUGGAACAAAGUUCGUACACCCAAUGCCAACAGAGUUUCAUGAUAAAGUAGGGGAUUUAAUGCGACAACUACAAGAAAAGGUGUGCAGAGAAGGAGCUUGGGUCGAAAAUAAAGGAGCAUUACUGACUUUUCAUUUUAGAGAAACUCCAUUACAAAUAAGAGCAUCGUUGGAAAAAGAAGCUAAAACAUUGAUUGAAGCUGCUGGAUUCAUCGCUGAUCACGUACAUUGCGCCAUAGAGGCAAGGCCUCCUGUACAAUGGAACAAAGGUAGAGCCUCAAUAUACAUACUCAGGACCGCCUUUGGUGUGGAUUGGAGUGAAAGAAUCAGAAUUAUAUACGUUGGUGAUGAUCAAACUGAUGAAGAUGCCAUGCAGGCUCUGAAAGGUAUGGCAGCUACUUUUAGAGUAACAUCCUCUCAAAUAACGAAGACAUCGGCUGAACGUCGUCUUCCAUCCACAGACGCAGUCUUAACGAUGUUAAAAUGGGUGGAAAGACAUCUAGGAAGAAGGAAGCCAAGUUUGGAUGCCGGCUUUGUAAGAAGGAACUCUGCACAGAUUCAGCACACCAUACAAAUGGAAUUGCCCUUAGGGCAGCAGUCUAACAAUUCAACAAAAGACCAUUAAAACCUAGCCAAAUUAUUGUGAUGUUAUAUGUAAAUAUAAAAAUAGGAGUUAAGUUUUUGUUGUGAAAGUGUUUUCUUGUAUUAAAAAUACUUGUAAUGAUAAACAAACUACUAAUAAUGUUGACAGCGCACAGGGUGAAUAAAAUGAUAAAAUUUGACAAGUUUACAGAUAUUUUGAAAAAAAAAAACAAUAUUACAAUAAAGGAAAUAUUGUAAAAUAUAUGUAUUAAUGUUUAAAUUAUUAUUUUUGCGAUGGAAUUCAAAACCUGUAGUUCUUUUUAUUGUUAGGAUACAUCACUGCCCAUUUGCCUUCUGUAGUUUUUUAGCUUUUUGCUAUCUGUAUACAUAUUGUUUUUUAAAUAAACAUUUUUCAUUU